ACAAUAUAAGAUUGGAAUAGCCGUAUCAAGCGGCUCACGUUUUUUUACCCUCUUCAGAUCAUUCGUUAUUUUCUCUAAAAUAUAUUUUUUAUUAUGAGAAAAGGUAAAUUCUUAAGCGAAGUUCAACAUGAAUUAGAAAAACAAAGACAGGCUUGGGGAUCCGAAAUAAAGAGAUUAACAGAAGGUGUGACACCGGAUAAUCAAGAGUCUUCAAAAACUACGUCGCUUAUUGACCAAUCCUCCGGUAAGCCUGUUUUUAAAGCAUUCUUCGAUGUAAGGGAAUUUGAUAGAAAGGAUAUUAAUGUCAGAAUUGAUCACCUCAUCAAUAAAGUUGUUGUAAAAGCAACUAAAAAGAUGGGGGUUUUGACAAGAACUUUAACGCAAAAGGCCAAUUUACCAAGGUUUUCUGAUAAUCGAAAAUUAUCUAAAAAAAUUGGUCCUGAUGGAAUUCUUGAAGUCUCUGUACCUUUAUUAUAUUAUUUUCCACCUGAAAAUGAACCAAAAUCGUACGUUUAUCGAGUUGAUAAGCAGACAGAAAAUGGUAAGAAAUGCCUUGAAAUUGUUGUCAAUACUGGUGAAGGAAUAAAUCCAGAAGAUGUGGACGUUCAAGUUGUCGACGAUAAUGAGCUAAUAAUUAGUGGCGAGUCAACAAACGGUGGAAAAAACUUGAGAAAAAAAUACUAUCUCCCACAAGGCUGUAGUGUUGAUGACAUUAGCGCCGAAAUUAUAGAUAAGGAUCACGUAACUAUUUAUAUACCUAUAUAUGAUAAAAGAUAG